ACCCACACAAUUAAUUCUCUCUCCUUCUUCACUCAAGACCCACAACAUUUUUUUCUUUCUCUUCCUCUUUCACGUAAUUCCUUCUUCUCUUCUUUCUCUUUCACGUGCAUCCCUUUCCUCCUCUUUUCUUUUCUCUCGAACACCAGCCACCACCACCUAAUCCACGUUGUUGAUGCGCCACCCCCUUGCCGCGCCACCGCUGUCCACCGCCCGCACUAGCCGUCGUUGUUUCCCAGUCAGGUCGGCACCCUUCUUCCUCCCUCUCGUUCUUUCCAUCUCUUUUUCCUCCUCUUUACUCCCUGCGCAAGUCAGCCACCACCACCACCAGCGCACGCCACCACCUCUGCGCCACCCGCCACACCGUGCCAUCAGCCGUCGACCGCCCUGCUGCUGCGCCUCCCUGCCCGCCGGCCAGCACUUCUCCCCCUCUUUUUUUUGUUUUUUGAAGAAACUUAUUCAUCGGAAAAUGUGGAUGAGGUUAGAAACCUGCGGGUCGAGUAUUUGCUCAAGCAAGAAGCGGAUGAAGAAAACAAAGUUGAUGGACUCUGACCCACCUCCAAGGAUCACAACAAAUGUUCAGCAGAAUUUGCAAUUUUUGAAGUUGUGGAAGGAAUUCCAGAAAAGCAAAUCCUGCACACCUAAGCCAGCUACUAGCUAUCGUCGGAAGAAGGUGGAGAAGGAGGACCUUCCCCCAGAUGCAGAGCUUUAUAAGGAUCCAACCUUGUCACUCUAUUAUACAAGUCAGGUUGUUGAUAGUGCUGUACCUGUCUUGCUUGUUGAUGGUUAUAAUGUUUGUGGCUACUGGGUGAAACUAAAGAAGUAUUUCAUGGGUGGACGACUUGAUGUAGCUCGGCAAAAGCUAGUUGAUGAACUUGUCCAGUUCAGCUUGGUAAGAGAAGUUAAGGUGGUGGCUGUAUUUGAUGCUAUGCUGUCUGGACUACCUACCCACAAGGAAACUUUUGCUGGGGUGGACAUAGUUUUCUCUGGGGAUUCGUGUGCUGAUUCAUGGAUAGAAAAAGAGGUUGUUGCGUUGAGGGAAGAUGGCUGUCCAAAGGUUUGGGUAGUGACAUCUGAUCAUGCCCAACAACAUGCAGCUCAUGGAGCGGGAGCAUUUGUUUGGAGCAGCAAAGCACUGGUUACUGAGAAUUGGCAGCAAGUGGGACAAACGGGAACCUGGCGGCUGGCGCGCAACGCCAGAACCAGCGCGUGUCAAACAGAUUCCAUAGAUCUUGACAAGAAGAUCAAGAUUAAGGCUUCAAAGAAGGAGAUGGAGAAAAUGCUUCAAGAGCAAAGAUCGACUUCCAUGCAAGGGAAAUUGCUAAAACACAACCUGGACAUAGAGGUUGUAGAUGCUUUGAAGGACCUUAAGAUGAAGUUGUCCCAGAAUGGAUAAUAACAUCCUGUUAGGAUUAAAGCUGUAAGUAUUUCCUUUGAUACAUGCUUUGAAUUAUCGUAAAUAGUUAUCAUUUUUCAAGGAUGAAAUAAAUAAUCUUACAGUUGAUCAUUUUGAACUUAAUGUACAUAGUCAUGGACAAAAGAAUGUGAUAAGUCUAUGAUUCCAAUCAAUUUUAUUCAUUUUUAUUUCUUUUGAAUACUUAGAACUCAAAGAUCGACUUUUGUACCUCUCAAAUUAAAUCGUCUCUAGAUACAACUUUUAUGUAUAUUAUUGGUGUUAGAAACAGCAGAUUGUCAUUGUUGUAAGUGUGGCCACGAAAGGGCAUUCGUUGUGUUA